UAUCAAAUUUUAUAUUUAUAUAAUUUGUAUAAAAAAAAUUAAAAAUAAAAUACUUUAAGAUAUUAUAUCUAAUUUCAAACCGUGAGUAGUUCUCUUUAUCAAAAUUAAAAGGUUGAAUGGUAGCGGGAGCAUAAAAUAUCUGAAGGGAAAGUUUAGGUACGUUUGACUUCUCUUUUUUUACCUCAUGGAAGUAAUAAGGUUGUCUUCCCACCCAAGCACGCAAAAGGCAUGGCGAUAAUGCUGACGUGUCCAUUAAGCCGGGUAUCCACGUGUCGAUUAACCGAUCGCCCACGUCACAAAGCGAACGGUGACCAAAUUCGGACGCGUCCCCGUCAAGGCUCCAGGGAGCCGUUGAGUCGGCGCUAAGUAAGAGAGAGAAACCAUCGCAAAAAAUUAAGCCAUGCGCUUUUAUUCUCCCUAUCUCUCUUUCCCUGCUUUUUCCUUUCCCUUUCUAUUUCUCUCUAAACUUUCGUCUUCACUCUUUCACGUCUCCUAUUCUCUCUCUAAAUCCAAUCCGACUCUCUCCUUAUUCUACUCCCGAUUUCCAUCUCGUCUAUUCUGAUUCUCUCUCUGAUCUCUUUUCUCUCUCAAGAUUUCCCCAAAUUUCUCUCUCUACCAGUCUAUACUCUUCUUUUCUCUUUCUACAUCGAUCCUUCUGUCGCUGCCGGUGCGGAGAUGGGCGCCGGCGUGGAGUUGUCGGAAUCAGGCGUGAUGGAGUGGUCGGAUAACGGUGGGGUUAAUGGAGUUGCCUUUGAAGUAUUUCAAGGCGGGUCGCCCUCGAACGUGCCGGAAAGAGUUAGACGGCGGCUCAUGGAGUCGCUGGGAAACAAGAGCAAGUGCUCUGUGAGCCUCGAAGAAAUUCAGGCCAAGCUUAGAGAAGCCGACCUCAGGCGCCAGCAAUUUCAUGAAUGGUUGUCGAACAAAGCGAAGCCAAAGCUGAGAAGCCCAACAUGGUCAGCACAGGAUGAAGUACUCGGCCAGCGUCUUGAAGCAAAGCUUUAUGCUGCUGAGCAAAAGAGGUUGGAAAUUUUGACUCAGGCUCAAAUGCGAUUGGCUAGGUUGGAUGAGCUACGCCAGGCUGCUAAAACUGGGGUACUUUGUCAGGAGAAAAGAUACAAAGAAAGAAUGCAAGCUACCAUUUCCCAGAAGAGGGCAGCUGCUGAGAAGAAGAGGUUGGGGUUGAUAGAAGCUGAGAAGAAAAGGGCCCAUGCAAUGGUAAUGCAAGCAAGGCGUGUUGCCAAAACUGUUUGUAACCAAAGAGAGAUUGAAAGGAGAAAGUUGAAAGAGAGGCUCGAAGAUCGGCUCCAAAGGGCCAGGAGACAGAGAGCAGAGUAUUUGAGACAGAGGGUUACUCCUCAUGGUUCUAGUCGUGUGAACCGCCUUGAUCUAUGCAAACACGGGGAUCACCUCUCUAGGAAAUUGGCAAGGUGCUGGAGACAGUUCCGAAGAGUGAGAAGGACAACUUUUGUCCUGGCCAAAGACUAUGAGGCUCUAGACAUCAAUGAACGAUCUGUGAAGUCUAUGCCAUUUGAGCAACUUGCUAUACGCAUAGAAUCUGCUACCACCCUUCAAACUGUGAAGGCAUUACUGGAACGCAUUGCGAGCCGGGUCACUCUUACAAGGUCCUCUCGAUCAAAUUUAGCGAACAUUGAUCAUUUGCUCAAGCGCUUGUCUUCUCCUAGUAGAAGAGGAAUGCCAAUUAGAUCUAGGUCAGCCAGGAUGACUUCUAGUAAAAAUUCUACCAAAGAUGUGAAGUCCCCAGAAAGAAGUCAAUUGUUAAGAUACCCUGUUAGAGUUGCUCUAUGUGCUUAUAUGAUAUUGGGUCAUCCUGAUGCGGUUUUCAGUGGUAAAGGGGAACGUGAGGUUGCACUUGCUGAAGCAGCUUCUAAAUUUGUUUGGGAGCUUGAGUUGUUGGUCAAGAUAAUGAUAGAUGGUCCACAGAGCAACCCAGGUCCUGAUAACAAAUGUGAAACCAAUGCAUCACCAAAUUUGGUGACGUUUCGGUCUCAGUUGAAGGCUUUUGAUGCGGCAUGGUGCUCUUAUCUCUACCACUUUGUGGUAUGGAAGGUUAAGGAUGCUCGAUCCUUAGAGGAGGACUUGGUUAGGGCUGCCUGCCAGCUUGAACUUUCAAUGAUGCAGACAUGCAAGAUGAAGACUGAAGGAGUGGCAGGCGACCUAACACAUGACAUGAAGGCCAUUCAGAAACAGGUGUCUGAAGACCAGAAACUUCUGCGAGAGAAAGUGCAUCAUUUGAGCGGUACUGAUGGUAUUGAGCGGAUGGAGUCCGCGCUUUCAGAUAUGCGAUACAGAUUCUUCGAAGGGAAUGAAAAUGGCAGCCCAUUGGCAUCACCUUUAAUUCAAGAUCCAUUUUCUUCCCCUGAUUCACUGGUUGGGUCUUCGCUAGCAUCCGCAGGAAGAAAAGAAGAAAUUCUGAGAAAGCCAAAGAGUCAUGUGGUUCGAUCCCUGUUCAAUAAGGUCAAAUCUCCCUCCUCAGAUGUAGAUGACCGAUCUGCGAGCACCACAGCUGAGAAAUUGACAAUUGAAAAUGAAAUACUUGUUAAUGAAAUUGUCCAUAGGAGGAGCCUGAUGAAGGCUGAUUGCUUUGACCUAGUUAACAAGGGCCCUCGUGGUGUCCAGGAUUCAAUCAAGGCCACAAUGGAAAAGGCCUUUUGGGAUGGGAUCACUGAUUCUUUGAAACAAGAUGACCCUGAUUACUCUUGGGUAAUUCAACUGGUUAAGGAGAUCAGGGAUGAACUCUGCACUAUGGUUCCUCAGAAUUGGAGACUACAGGUCACUGAAGCUAUUGAUGUGGAUAUCCUAACCCAGGUAUUGCGUUCUGUGAACCCAGAUAUUGAUUACCUUGGGAGGAUUUUGGAAUAUGCUUUAGGUACUUUACAGAAGCUUUCAGCUCCUGCCAAGGAGAAUGAUAUGAGAGCAGCCCACAACAAUUUGCUGAAUGAUUUGGCUGAGAUAGCUCGGGUUGAUGGCAAAUUGAAUAGCUCAUUUGCAAUUGCAACAAUCAAGGGCUUGCGCUUUGUUUUAGAGGAGAUACAGGCUCUAAAGCAAGAGAUAAGUGCAGCUCGAAUACAACUUCUCGAACCAUUGAUACAGGGUCCUGCUGGGUUGGAAUAUUUACAGAGAGCAUUUGCAGCUCGUUAUGGACUUCCCUCUGAUUCUGCAACCUCCCUACCUUUAACAGUUCAGUGGUAUUCUUCUGUAAAGCCAAUGGCUGAACAGGAAUGGAAAGAUCACAGUGCAUUGCUCUUGGCUUUCAGACAAACUAACUCAGAUCUUUCUUCGUCAAAUGGUCUCCCUGCCAAUGUUCUUAAAACGGGUGUCGGGGCUUCACGAAUAAACCAAUGGGCCCCAGGAUCACCUAUGGCAUCUUCUCCCAUAGGUCAUCAAACUGAAUGUAAGGGGGAAACGGUUGACGUGUUGGUCAGGCUGGGCUUGUUAAAAUUCGCAAACCAGCUUCAGGGGGUCAGUGAGGAGACUCUUCCAGAAACAUUGAAAUUGAAUUGUUUAAGGCUGAGGGGAGUUCAGAGUGAGAUCCAGAAAGCUAUUGUCGUUUCUACGAGCUUGUUGGUUCUUCGGCAAACCCUAACUCUGAAGAAGCCAACCUCUCAAAUGAAUAUAGAGGAGGUGGUUUGCAACGCAUGUAAGAGGCUCACCGAGCUCUUGAACAGUGAUGAUAAUGUGGGUGUAAUGGAGAUUGCAGAGCUUCUCAUGAGUGUUAACUCCAGUGAAGAAGGCGAGAGGCUUGCCAAAAAAGAGUUGAUGGCGCGCUUGUUGGCUAAGAGCUUACUCCCUGAUGAUCCUGUGUUUUCUAGGGUUUCUCAAGCAGUUUAUACUGCAUCAAGAGCACUCAUUCUUGUCGGUGGAGGUCCAUGUGGGGAAGCAAUGGCCGAAAUGGCCCUUAAGAGGAUUGGAGCUGGGCUCUUAGUCAAGCAAUUGGCCGAGAUUGUGGAGGUGCUUUCUGUUAUGUGUUCAGUUUCUCGAGGGGUUCAUGGUCCAUGGUAUUCUUGGAUUGCUCAAAAUGUGUAAAAAUAUGCUCUAAAUUGAUUAAUGGGUCAUGAAACAGAGAUGAAGAAGCUUUGUUUUAAUGUCCCAUUCGUCUAUUUAUAUUAUGUUUCAGUGUACAGGGAUGAAUUUAGUUCAUAGGGUGUUUCAUGGUGGAUUUUUUUUUCUUCUAAUGCAGAUGUACAGUGUGGGAUGAGGUUUAGAGUCAAAUUUAGAUGUGGAUCCUGUACAUAAAGACUGCAGGAACAUGGAACAUGAAAAUAUGAAUAAAAAUGCUAUUUGACUAA